AUGGCAUUUAAACAUAGUCGUGGCAUCCCAAUCCUUCGUGUGAAGCGAACAACUUCUGAAGCAAUUCUACCCACGCGUGGCUCAAGUCUUGCGGCAGGUCUGGAUCUAUCAGCAGCUUACGAUGCCAUCAUUCCAAGUCAUGGCAAAGGUAUUAUCAAGACAGACCUGGUCAUUGCUGUGCCUGAAGGAUGUUAUGCACGUGUGGCGCCACGCUCGGGUCUUGCUUUGAAGAAUUUUAUUGAUACAGGUGCUGGAGUUAUUGACGCCGAUUAUCGUGGCAAUGUUGGUGUGAUUCUAUUUAACCACUCGAACGAAGAUUUUAUUGUUAAGCGCGGAGAUCGCGUGGCACAACUCAUUCUUGAAAAAAUUGAAUAUCCUGAAGUACAAGAAGUGACGGAGAUUGAGGACACGGAACGAGGUGCUGGUGGAUUUGGAAGCACUGGUGUAGCUAUACCACUUACCAAGAAAUUAUGUGUGACAAGCAAUGGAUCAAGUGAUAAAGAGGACUUCAAUGUCGACACUGUGUUUAAAGCGAUCGAGUUACUCUCCAAGAAAAAGGUUGUGGACAAUGAAGUCUGUAAUCAACUGAAAGAAAAGAUGUUCACGGCUUCUACGCGUCAAUUCUGUUUGCUUAACAAAGCUCUCAAUGACUAUCUCGAGGACGAAGACAGCGUCAAAGUAUUAGAAUGGAUCAAUGCCUUUUUGAACUCGCACUAG